UUCGAUUUCUAUUUUUUUUUUUUGCAAAAAUUCAGUUUUUCAAAAUUCAAUUUUUCAAUUUCUGUGAGAACUAAUAUGCAAUGCAUAUUACUCUCAAGAAACCCAAUACUCGAAAAGACUCACCCAAAAAUAAUUUUAACCGCUAUAAAAAACCAAAACUCGAACCUAAACCAUUUUGAAAAUAAAUUAAAUCCAAAAAAUCCAUUUUUCAAACUUCAAAAUUAGCCUUUUCGACCCAUUUUUUCCCAAAUCAAAACUAAAACCCAACUUUCCGGUUCCAAAUUAAAUUCUUUCCAUCAAAUAAUUAUUUCGCAACUUUCAGAAUGCUAAAUUAAUUAAUUAAAAAAUUCCAAAACACUUUUUUCAUCGAAAUAAUUUAUUUCAAAAAUUUGAUUCACAAAAAACACCCUAAAUUACUCAUUUUUCCGAAGAUUUCAUCGUAAUAAAAUACCCCAAACCGCUCAAAAUUUUCAAAAUCGCGUGGGGCAACUUUCUGGAUCAUCCCCAAUCACUCCGCGACCCUUCAAAAAUCCAAAAUUUAUUUUUUCGAAAUUCUUUGAAUUAAAAAUAAAAAUAAAAUUUUUUCGGCACCUCCCCACGAAAAAAGGACUUCCGGUGGUGAAACGACACCAAACCGAAUUGGCUACGACCAAUCAAAAGCCCUAAUCACGCGCGUGCCCACCCCAUAAAACCAGUUUUGCAAAGUAUGCAAAAUUAAUUAAAAAACUUUCUUAUCAAAACACAUUUCACUUGAUGAGUUGAUGAAUGUUUCUAAGCAAAUGCCGUUCAGUUAAUUCGAAUAAUUUAAUUAUUUGCAAGUGUGUUCUGAAUAUCAAAGUUCAAAAUCGAAUGAAAAUGUCAUUAGUAACAAGUAUUACGAAAAAUUUCAACGCCACGGUGUACGGUGAAAGAUUUAUGCUGUAGUUCGUGUAUCCUGUUGCGUGGGAAUAGAGCUUGUUGUGGUAUCUACGAUUCCAAAAGAGGACGAGUAAGAAAAUACUAACGAAAAAUUCUAAUUAAAUUUCCAGAUAUUUUAUUUAUUUUUUUUUGAAAAAUAAUCUAAUCUUCAUUUGUGUGUAUUUUUGUGUGCCUUGUGUGUGUAUUAAUUUUGAUUUCAGAUUUAGAUAUCGAGAUGUAUUUUCAAGCGAUUUGUGCGAAGUGCGGCGAGCCCCUCUUCCCAGUAGUACACUACAACCAGCUACACAUUUCGACUUGCCACCAUGUCUACCACCAACGAUGUGUUAGUCAACUUUUGACCGAAACCCCGAAUCGAAACCCUCGAAUUGCACGCUGUUCUUCAUCAGGCUGCUCUCGAUUCCUAGCGACGCAGGAUUUCUCGAGGAUUGACUUCAUGUUCGUCUCCCAGGAAUCAGACCCGCAUCAACCACCUCCACCAACCCCACCAGCGACCAAUCGAGGUGAAAUUGAUAUGCUGCGCGAUUUAAACCGUCAACUCGAGGCUACGAUUGUUGGAAUGACCGAAGAAAGGCGACACCUAAAAAUUCGACUAUUUAAUGCGGAACAAGAAAUUAAAAACGCGAAUGAUCGAUAUCAACAGCUCAUGAAUCAUCAAAUCGAUCGAUUACAAUCAUCAGACCAACGAAACCCAGCGACCUUUUUUCGAACUUCGAGUAUUCAUCCUCAACCUGGCGCUGGUCCAAGUCAGCUAAAUAUUCUUCGUAUGCCUAUCCGCCAAACGUUCCACUUCGAUCGAGACAAUCAACCAACCGGCUCUUCGAUUUCGGCUGAUCAUUUCAAAACGCCACCACCCCCCCCUUCUCGACCGCAGCCUCGAAGAAAUUCAUCUAAUCGCGACAAUCCGAGCGACAACGCCAGCCAAAAACGCGACCGAGACAGCACAUCAUCAGAGGACAAUAGCCCAGACAACCGCCAACAACCACCUACCCCCCGCCGCUCCAAAAAGAAGUCAAAAAUAAGGAAACCCCCACCAACACAAAUCAAGGGGACGCCGGGAUGCAAAGGAAGCUACCACACACGCUACCGCAAGCGAUGGGGUACCGAAUCAACGGAAUUAUUACCAUACUACCCUUUCAACUCGUACCCCCUCGAUUUCACCGCUGCCGGAUACAAGAUCGGAGAAGGAGAAUUUGUUGGUGCUUGGUUUGCCUAUAAUAUUUUAUUAAUUGGCGACGGGCAUAUCGCUUCCCUGGCUCGAUUCCUGGGAAGAGGGAAGGAAUACGAUGAAUAUUUAGAUCUAGAUCUAUACCGAAGAGACUUACUUUUGGAAGAUUUAGUUGCGUAUCUCAACGAAUUCGAUAGUCUACCCCCCAGGAUUAUGUUAUCCAUUGGGAACUAUGAUGUUCACGAGGGAACAACAUAUCAAGAAUUCACCAACCUGAUGUGUCAGCUGUCAAUGACCUUUCAACGCUUUCGAGUGAGAGAGCUCAUCCUCGUACCGCUCUUACCUCUACCCCUUCGCUCGAAUUACCUGCAUUCGCAUGAAAACAUCACACGAGCCUUGGACACGAAUUGGGGACUCGAAUUUGGCGCAACCACAACUCGCAUCGACCAGAUAUUCGAAGCAAUACACGCAGGCCACGCGUAUUACGACGAAUUUGGUCCAUAUUAUAACCUCGACGACUACCUGAAUGUAGCAAACCAAAUUCAUUCACGAUUCAUUCCACCCCUGCAACCUCGCCCCUCUGCUCUUCGCGCAGCGCAGGCCGCAGCAGAAGCUGCAGAGAACGCCGGUGAAAACCAGGUAAACGACCAGGCGGCAGGAGUCGAACGAAUGCAAGAAGAUGAACCCCGCGCUCCCACCUCCGCCGACAGUACAGCCAACAGCGCCGUAAAUCCAUCUUCAGGCAACCAUUCGAUCACAACAUCCCAAAAUCAAAUCUUUUCAUCUCAACAAGUUGGCAACGCGAUCAUUACUGCGGUGAAAUCAAGUAAAAUCAACGAAGAAGAACGAAAACGUCAGGAGUUGAUUGCAAACCGCCAUUUGCAAGUACAAAAGGAGGCUGCAAUCAAAGCAGAAGAAAAUCGACGACUACAACGUCAUGCUGAUAACAUCGAAGCUUUUGUCGAUUCUGUCAACAAAGGAGAGGUCAAUGAUAUCUACUUGCAAACACAAGUAUUCGAUAAACUUUGCAAAAAGAACCUCGCAAAAAAUACACGAUCUACCUGCUCCACUCCUCGAACAUCACCCAUCCCUGAUGUAUCUACUUUAUCGGUAAAUUCGCCUAAUAAAUCUUUUUCUGUUCAGCCUCAGGCGCAAGAUACGUCUGACACUUCUCAGGUAGAUGCUUCAGAAGAUAUAUCGGAGCCCAGUACAGCUUCAACAUGGCUGGAAUCCAUCAACGAAGGAGAUGAAUUCGACGAAGCGAUCAACAACGUUGUCGAUCAGAUCGAAAAUGCGCCGAAUACCGAUAACGAUAAAAAACCCGACGAUGACAAAAAACCCGACGACGACGAUAAAAAGACUGAUGAUCCAGAGAAAGACGGGCAGAAAUCUCUCGACUGAUUCGAAAUCAUCAAAAAACUAAUCAGUAUUGUAUCAGUUCAUUUUUUUUUAAUUUUAAUUUAACUUAUUUUUAGUUUAUUUUCUUUAAUUUUUGAAAAAUUUAGGAACUAUGUCAUCUUAUUUUUUAAUUUUUUGCCAAAGAAUUUAUGUUCAUGUUUAUUGUUGACCCUUUUACAGGACUAUUUUUUGUGUUUAUCGUAAUGUUUUUUGUGUUUAAUAAACAGGAGAAGAUGUUGAGAAGAAGACAGCUAUGAGUUUUAUUUUCACUGAUUUUAUCUUACUUUUUCAGAAAUGUUUCUUUUGUGUUUGCAAAAGAGAAUUUUAAUAAUUUUUUCCAGCUAUUAACACUUUAUUCAAUUUUUAGGAAUAUUUUUGACAUAAUCUUGUAAUUUUUUUUUGUAGCUUUCAACAGAGACAGAAGCGUCUCAGUCAAAAUUCAAAAUUUAACAACUAUCUAAAUUUACUUACGAUACACUAAAAUAAUGUUAAUGCAUUAUACUAACCUUGACUAUUUAUUUCGUAGAUCGAACCAAUCUAGUCACACAAGUGCAUGCUUGUAGUAUGAUCGCUGCAGGACCAGCGUAAUAAUUGCAAUUCCAUCUUCAACUUUGCAUCCUGUAAUAAAAAUGAGAAUCAACAUUGGACAUAAUUUCUUCAAAUAUUUUAUAAUGUUGUACAAAAACAAUAACUAAGCUAAGAUUUUUUUUUGUAUUUUUUUUUUUUUUGUUUAUGUCGUCGUAUAUGCACAUGUAUGAAAAAGCAUUGUAAAUUUUCCCCCUCUUUUUUAAAAUUUACUACUGGCACUGUCUACAAAUUGUACAAAUUACCUUUUACCAUCUAUUUUUUUUUGUUUUGUGUGUUCAAAAAUCAUAAUCGAUCAUUAUUUUUUUU